AUGCAGCAGUUACAAGAUAUACCACCGCUCCUCCGCCUCCCCAUCGAGCUCCGCCGCGCCAUCUACGCGUUCCUCCUCCCCCACACCGUGCGUUCCCUCGACCCGCCCACAAAGCCCGUCCGCAGUCUGACCUAUGUGCGUCAGAAGAACGGUUCCGAGGGAUGGAUGAUGCUGAAAGGCAAAUCCAGUGAUCGCGAAACAGGCCACGACAUUGUGUGGUUCCGUGGCUGCACUGCACUCCUAGCCGUGAACCAGCAGAUCCACGAAGAGGCUGCGGACAUGCUAUACGGGGACAGCAUGUUUGUGCUAGACGUCACGUUCGAUGCGAUAAAGUUUCGCUAUCGGUGGCGCACCGCGAAUGGAUUGUGUCCGAAUCGGACGUAUGCGUUUCUUGAACACUUUAGUCAGCGGAACCUGAUGAGGAUUAAGAAGUAUGUUAUUAAUGUGGAGUCGGUCGAUGACUAUACGGGCAUGAUAAAGUAUAACUGUCAGGGAAGAGGGUUAUCGGCGGGCAUCAGAGCAAGAGUGAGAGAGUUGGUAGAUCAGCUCGCAGUUACGCCGUGUCUGCACCAAUUGCAGGUCCAUCUGAUAGAUGGCGCUAUCAGUAGAGUCAAGUUCCCCAGUGGAAGAGUACAUCGCGUACAAGACGAAGCAAACUUCGCGCAGACGCAAAUGGUCUUGGAGCCGAUGAGAGUGCUCUCUGGCGCGAGGAGAGUAGAAAUCAGCGGAGCUGCGCCGAUUCCCCAGCAAUGUGCACCUUUGAACGCCGUUACUUUUUGCAUCGCGGGACAAUAAUCUAAGCAAACAGGACUUGGUCGCUGAGCGGGUCCUUUUCCUUCCUGCGCCCACCAUGCGAUGUGAGACCCAAAUCGGCGCGCUUGACUUGCGUGUCCCUUGUUGCCUCUGUCCGCCUGUUGAACCGUCCAGCUUUGGAUUUCCGCAAGUCGGAACGAAUCUGGUUGGGCGACACGAACUCCUUGUUCUCAUAGAUGAUCGGGCCUCCGAAACUUGAUUCCUGGAUGACAAUGGGUGUCAGGACGAAUCGUGGGCCAAUCUCAACAAGGCUAACAUCGAACUCGGACUUUCCACUCUUCUUCUUUGGCGCUGCAUCAACAUCCAUCUCUUCACCAUCAACCGUCUUCUUCUUGCUAGUCUCAGACUCGUUGAUUUGGAAUACACGGAUCCAGAUCUUGCCAUCUGCAACAGUGAAGCCCAUCACGUGGUCGACAAAAGGCUUUACCUUUCGGCUGGUCUUUGGCACGCCGAAGAUUUGGGUGAAGAGCUCCUUGAUGACACGCAGAUGUGCCUGCUUAUCGAAUGCGGCAUCGAACGAGAGAAUAGGCCG